UGAGGAGGAUGAGGGAGAUCUUUUAAUAUAAUUACCUAUCCCUUAAAGAUGACUUUUACUUACAGAGGAAACAUUCUCUCUUAAGGCAGAUAAGGAAAAAGAUUCCCUAUGAAACUGGUAUUAUUUUCUAUUGUUUGAAAUAGUCAUAAAUUGUAAAAUACAUUUUAAAAGUUGCUACCUCCAAGACCCUUUCUGCCACUCCUGCGCUCCAACCCUGCUCUCCAAGCCUGGUAUCUUAGUUUGCUUGGGCUGCUGUCACAGAAUCCCACAGAAUGGGCCAGUUACACAACAGAAUUUAUUCUAAUGGUUCUGGAGUCCCAAAAGUCCGAGAUCAAGGUGCCAGGCCAUUCUCUUUCAGGCCCCCCCUUCCUGGCUUGUGGACAGUCGCCUCCUUGCUGUGUUUUCCAGGGGAGAGAGAGCAAGCUCUGAUGGCUGUUCUUAUAAGGGCGCUACUCCCAUUAUGCGGGAUCCCCCUUCAUGACGUCAUCUAAACCGAAUCACUAAUAAAUAAAUAAACAAACCCAAUCACUGCCCAAAGGCUCCCCCCCUCCAUCACAUUAGGGGUUAGGACUUGAACAUAUUCACCCAGCACCUGGUUAUUACUGCUCUGAUGCAUGCCCUCCUUGCCUGUCCCCACGAUGCGUCCAUACACACGUACGUACUCACAGAGACAGGAUGAGUAGCUGACAGUUGCAUCGCGCCGACCACUUUACGUGCAUGUUCUCAUUUCAUUCUCAGGCUGAUCUUGUGAGACUGCUACUGUUUAUUUCCACUUUCCUGAUUAAAGAAAUUAAGUAACUUGCCCAAGAGCAUGUUAGAGUUGGGGGUUUGAAUCCAGUUGAUCCUCUGCUUGCUAUCUUCUUCUCAGCAAUGGAGCUGAUAUGGGGAUCUCUCCGUAUCAGGGCAAACAGACCUGCCCUUGCUCUUUUUAAAAUGCCGCCUGGUGCUCUGCAGCACAAAUAUCCCAUAGUGUACUGAGUCUUCUCUUGUUGAUGGACAUAGAGAUUAUUUCCAGUUUUUCACGAUUUCAAACGGUGGCAUGGGGAAGCUUUGACAGAGGAGGUGCUAUGCAAGCUGAGUUUUGAGGUACAAGAGUCUUCCCCCCAGACAAGACAGACAGGCAUUCUGGGCAGACAAAAGAACAUGGGCAAAGAGGGAGGCCCACAAGGACAUGGUGCAUUUGCAAGAUGGCUGGACAAAGACACUGACGAAUGCCUUGGGACCCCCUGUCAGCAGAGAUGCAAAAACAGCGUAGGCAGCUACAGGUGUUCCUGUAGACCUGGCUUCCAUCUCCAUGGCAACCAGCAUUCCUGUGUAGAUGUAAACGAGUGUCGGAGGCCCCUGGAAAGGCGAGUCUGUCACCACUCCUGCCAUAACACCGUGGGCAGCUUCUUGUGUACCUGCCGACCUGGCUUCAGGCUCCGAGCUGACCGCGUGUCCUGUGAAGCUUUUUCGAAAGCCGCUCUGGCCCCAUCGGCCAUCCUGCAGCCCCUGCAGCACCCACCCAAGAUGCUUCUGCUGCUCCCAGAGGCAGGCCGGCCUGCCCUCUUCCCUGGACACAGUCCCCCUUCUGGGGCUCCGGGGCCCCGAACUGGGGUCAGGACCACCAGCCUGCCUUCUCCCACCCCUGUACCAUUCACGUCCUUGUCCUCUGCCCCAACUCAGCUGCUGGCCACCCUGGUGCCUAUCCCUAUACCUAGUGCCUCCCUCCCGGGGACCCUCGGGCCUCCCUCACAACUACAGGAGGUGACCCCGUCCUUGCCCAGGGGCCUAGCAGCCACACAGAUGGCACCAAGGUCCUCUGCCUGCUGGCACCUGGGAGCCAUGUAUGAAUCGGGGAGCCACUGGACAGAGCCUGGGUGUUUCCAGUGCUGGUGCCAGAAUGGGGAGGUGACCUGUGAAAAGGUGACGUGUGAAGCUGCUUGCUCCCACCCGAUUCCCUCUGAAGAUGGGGGGUGCUGUCCGUCGUGUGCAGGCUGUUUUCAUAGUGGCGUCAUUCGAGCCGAAGGGGACGUGUUUUCCCCUCCCAACGAGAACUGCACUGUCUGUGUCUGCCUGGCGGGAAAUGUGUCCUGCAUCUCCCCAGAGUGUCCUCCCGGCCCCUGUCAGACCUCCCUGAAGUCAGAUUGCUGCACUUGUGUUCCAGUGAGAUGCUAUUUCCACGGCCGGUGGUAUGCAGACGGAGCUGUGUUCAGUGGGGGUGGUGACGAGUGUACCACCUGUGUCUGCCAGAAUGGGGAGGUGGAAUGUUCCUUCACACCAUGUCCAGAACUGGACUGCCCCCGCGAGGAGUGGUGGCUGGGCCCUGGACAGUGCUGUUUUACCUGCCGGGAGUCCACACCCAUGACAGGCUGCUCUCUCGAUGACAACGGGGUUGAGUUUCCGAUUGGACAGAUCUGGUCUCCUGGUGACCCCUGUGAGUUAUGCAUCUGCCAGGCAGAUGGCUCAGUGAGCUGUAAGAGGACAGACUGCGUGGACUCUUGCCCUCACCCAAUUCGGAUCCCUGGACAGUGUUGCCCGGACUGUUCUGCAGGCUGUACCUACACGGGCAGAAUCUUCUACAACAACCAGACGUUCCCGUCAGUGCAGGACCCGUGUCUAAGCUGCAUUUGUCUGCUGGGCUCAGUGGCCUGCUCCCCCGUGGACUGCCCCAUCACCUGCACCUACCCCUUCCACCCCGACGGAGAGUGCUGCCCGGUGUGCAGAGAUUGCAACUAUGAGGGAAGGAAGGUAGUGAAUGGCCAGUUGUUCACCUUGGACGAUGAGCCCUGUACCCAGUGCACGUGCCAGCUGGGAGAGGUGAGCUGUGAGAAGGUCCCCUGCCAGCUGGCCUGCUUGGACCCCUCUGAGCCCCCUGGGGACUGCUGCUCCUCCUGCCCAGAUUCCCUGGAAAGAAAGGCAGUGGAGGUGGGCAAAGCAGCUCGGAGCCCCCGUGGAGACGCAGAGGCCCCGGUCAACUGUAGCUCGUGCCCAGGCACCCCAGCAGCGUUGGCUCAGAAGCCAGUGUUUCGUGUCCUCCAACUUCUCAGGACGAACCUGUCUGACACACAGACUUCACCCAUGAGCCCCUCAGGAGCCCACACCUCACCCUCAUCCCCUCUGGGACCCAGGGGCACAUUCCCAGGGGAGCCUGGGGCCUCCCAGCCCUCACUAGGGCCUUUGAUCCCUCCACGAGCCUCCAGUCUACCUCCAGUCUCUCCUGGGGCUCCUGGGCCUCCUCCUGUUACUCCAGAGCCCUCAUCCUCCUUCUCUGGGGCCCAGACACUGUCCAGAAGGCCUUCUUCACCUGCUGUUGUCCUGACUGAAGCUUCAGUCCAUUCCAUGAGGGCCCCCAGCCCCUCAGAGACCCCUGCCAUUCUCCUCAGGCCUCGCAGACUCUCUCCUGCCACUGCCAGACUCUCUGCAGCCCUUGUAGCCUCGGCCACCUCCAGCCCUCAGUGGCCUGCUGCGGGGACCUCACGGGAGGAGGAGUCCACCAGCUAAGCAGGCCUCCAGAUCAGGACUCUGCGUGGGACACGCCGGACAGAGAAAACUGCCAGCGGUCCUGGGGCUGGUAGGGAGGCUCUGGGGCGGAUGAGGCUGGUUGACACCAGGGGGCUCGCUUCUGCAUGGCCCCAUGCAGCCUUGUCCCCAAGAAGCAUUUGGAAUGUGCUGUGAGAACAGGCAAUCGGCCCUCUCCACAGUCAGGAUCCUCCCUGGACACUGCGGCCAGCCUUUUGAAGAAGGUCUGGGCCACUGAGGAUCCUGCUCAAGAGGAGGGGAGUCUGAGAGGACCCAGGAUUCCCCUGGGCUUGUGCCACCAGCCAUCAUGUGUCCCUCCCUGAGGUUCCCUGAUUAAAGGCUGUCUCGGUCUC